AUGGAGGGGGCAGGGGGCACUGGGAGGGACAGGAGGGACUCCAGAGGAGCACUGGGUAGGGACUGGGAGCACUGGGACAAUCUGGGAGGCACUGUGUGGGAGCUGCUGUACUGGCGGGCGCCCCAGCGCUCGGCGCUGGCCUUACUGGUGGCACUGGUGGCACUGGGGUGCCUGUCGCGCUUCAGCGCCGUCUCGGUGGGCGCCUACGGGGCGCUGGCGGUGCUGGCUGUCACCGUCCCCCUGCGCCUGCGCCGGGUGGCCCUGAGGGCGCUGAGCCCACCCCCCCCGGAGCCCCCCGUGCGGCCGGAGGUGCCGGGGGUGCUGAGCCCGGAGCAGCAGCAGCGCUGGGCCCGGUACCUGGCACGGCACGUGGUGACAGCCACCCGCACCCUCACCCGCCUCUUCCUCGUCCACAGCGUCCCCGAGUCCCUCAAGUUCGCCUUCCUGUUCUACCUGCUGACCUACGUGGGGGCCGUGUGCAACGGGCUGACCCUGCUGGGAGCGGGUGUCAUCUGCGCAUUCACCUUCCCCGUGCUCUACCGGCGCCACCAGGCCCAGAUUGACCAGUACAUGAGUCUGGUGAGGAGCCACCUGAGCCACCUGCGAGCCAGGGUCCUGGCCAAGCUCCCAAGUGCCAAAGUGAAGCCGCAGUGACACCUCUGUCCCCGCCUGUCCCUCGCUCCGAGGUGACAGCGGGGUCACCUUGGGGACCCCACUCGGGGGGCGCGUCGCCCCCCCCUCCGUGUCCUUGUCCCCCGCACGGGGGGGGGUCACACUUUAAUAAAAACUCUUGUGACA